UUCUUGUCUAGUAGAUGAAGUAUACUGUUUGGUUUUUAUAAUUAUUUACACAUGUGCGUCUUAACUCACAUGGUAGGAGAGAACCGACUCCUGCAGGCUGUCCUGUGAUCACCACACACGUGCACCAUGGAAUGUACGUGUCCCCCCCCACACUAAAUAAGUGUAAAACAAUUAAAAACCUGUUGCUUCCUUUGUUAGUGAAGAGUUUUUGAUACCAUAGUAUGUGCAUAUAUGUAUGUAUUAGGGGCCACAGAGUGUCAUAACAUAAACCCAGAAAAAUGAAGUAGAGAAAGUGCCAUAAUGAUAUCGAAUACUUUGUGUUCAUUUAAAAAAAAUUAAAGGAGAGAGUAAGAAUUUUGGAGGAUCACUAAAAUCACAGCAGCAGGGGAUGGGGGAUCAUUUACUGACAGAACAGUCUUUCGAGGCUUGGCUUCUAGGGAAAACCACAAGUUCAGCCUCAGGCUUGUUCUGGUGAGAGAUCUCAGGCAUCUUAGUGGAAGAGAGCUGAGGACGGUGUAUGCCCCUUGGGCUCUCACUUCCGGGCAUUAGAAAGAGAGGCUGGAGACUUCCCCCAGGCAGGCUACAGGGCAGCGGUCACAAUGUGGACUUUGUCAUGCUCUGUGAUACAACUGGAGUGGCACUGACAGCCUGUCUUUCCUUCUGCAGGGAGCACUGAGGUGAAACUUAUGCUCUCUUGUCUGUUCUAGCAUCUUCUCUCUAGGUCCAGUGAGAACGCUCCCUGGUGGUGAGCAAACGGAAAGGAGGGGAAGGUUGAAGCUGGAAGGAAAGCCGGGGAACUGUGGAGACCAGCAGGAAGGGAUGCUGGCACUGUCCAUAGCCUCAGCGCCAUGUCCUUUCAGGUAGAGAAGCCAGUCUGCUGCCCGUCCCAUGACCCGUUGUCUGGACCAGAUAUGGAGUACUGCUGGGUCUUUGGGGGGCUUGUCUUGUUGCUGAUGGCUCCCUACCUGGAUCGGACACACCAAUCAGCAUCCCAGCAGGAAUGGACAUACAUGCUACCACAGCACUGUAAUGGGCUGUGCUUCAAAUCUGGGGAAUGUGGCUGCUUUUCAAGGACGCCCAACUGCUCCACUUGCCCCCACACAGCUGGAGAAUGGAACUGGGUCGAAGAAUGUUACGAGAAGACCACGGGGUAUCUGAGGAGAACAAAAGCUCUCUGGUGGCUGGGCAUGAACUCAGUAAGCAAGCUUGGGAAAACAUGGAAGAAGUUAUUCGAAGUGAUUCCCAGGCCCCUCCUGCACCAUUUUGACUUCCCCUGUGUGCCCUGUGCCAUGCUGGGGAACUCUGGCCUCAGCAAUACCAACCAAUUCUACAAGGCUUUCAGGAUGAGUCAGGACACCACCCACAGCUCUGAGGCAGUUUUGAGGAGCCAGACCACAGGACCCUUCAUCUGCCCCAGGAAUGCCAGUUACCAGCCUUCUUGAAGACAGCAGUGGUUCCUAGAGCUUGCAGAGCUGGUGCCCCAAGUGACAAGGUAAUGGAGAUGUGCUAGAUAUCGUCAAUGUGGAGGUAUGGAGAAUUCCCUUCAAAAGAUGGGAGGAAUGGUGGGGAGUCUGUACUGCCCUGCUGGGGACAUGAGGGAUUUUCUUAGGUCUCAGGAGCUUUCUAGAAUUUCACCAUCUCCAAUUCUUUCUCAAUUGUAGAUUUUGGGAGACAGUCUGAUUUCUCUAGAGACACGAGAUAGUUAAGACGAGGUAAGGUGCAUGUAGCUCUGAUCUGCUGUGGGGAGGGACCCAGGCUAGCCCAGAUACAACUAUUACACGGGCAACUAGCUGGAUAACCAGGGUGAGUGGCCAAUACUGGAACUCAUGGUCUGGUCUGCAUGGUCAGCACAGACUCACUGCAUUACCUGAUAUCUUCAGCAUGGAAGUCCAAGUUCUGUGUAUAUACUCACUCACUCCUGCCUUCCUGUCUCCUAUUCUACACUUCAAUUAAAAAAUUAUUUGUGUAUAGGAGCAUUUUGACUGCAUAUAUGUAUGGGCACCAUGUUCAUGCCUGGUGUCCUCAGAGAAUGGAGUUCUGGAUGGUUCCCUCUGCAAGAGCAGUGAGUGCUCUUAACCAAGAUACCUCUCCAGCCCUUGUGCAGUCAGCUCUAGUGCUCUAGUUGCCUUCUCACAGGGCCUUCCCUCUGUCUGGAAUCCCCUCCCCAGGGCAUAACAGAGGUCAGCUAGCUGAUGGCCUUUUUGAGGCCCAGGGUAAGCCUAUGAGAGUGUUUAUUGCACUGUGUUCAGUCUGUUUUCCCUAGAGAAGGGAAGCGCUAUUCUCUCCCAGUUCUAGAAACAGCCUGUCACUAGACGAAAGAGGGAACAAGGGCUAAAGGAUAGGAUUCAGCCUGCUGACAUGCACAUCGCUCUCAUGCUAGGCCACCCUCAGACCACAGCCCACAGGACCAGUCUGCAUGAACUAGAGAAGCACAAAUGGAAGAUGCUUGUCAGCUAGGAUGGCCAGCAAGGCUGCUAUUUACAAUGACAACCAGCUGAGACAUGAAUGCUGGAGAGUUUUAGCAUCACCACAGCCACAUAACUGUGAAGAUCAAAAGAAAAUGAUGAGAUCAGUCUGGAACUGAAUAAAAUCUUGGUCUGGUUCUCUUAUCUGUAAGCACAGCAUCUGGGGAGGAAGGGUAAGAUCCCAGGGGCAAUGUCUGUCAGUCUGUCUCUAUAUCUAUCAGACACCCCCCUCCCAGACCCCUAUAAGCUUUGGCCUCUGGCUAUCUUGAAACUUGUUCUGUAGACUAGGCUGGCCUUGAGUUCAUGAUGUUCCUGUCUCAGCCUUCUGGGGACUGGCAUUACAGGUGUGUACCGCCUUGCCCAGUGUUAUGUAGCAUUUUCCUACAAGACAAAACCUUUCACUUUGGAGGAAGACACAGGAGGUUCUAAGGAGAGGUGAAAAUCCCAUCCUCCAGGAUAGCUCCACAAGUGAACAACUCAAAAGCUUCAAAAGUCCCAGAAACUGAGCAGGUUCACUAGACCCUUCACUCCAUGAGCAUAUAUGAGCAGUGAGGCCUACAGAGAGCCACUCCCAGGUAAGCCUAGCUGCCUGGAAGAGGCAGAGAUCAACUGAACUGCCUGGAAGAGUCUCCAGCCCGUGGAGCUGCCUGCAAGCUAUGGAGUAAGCUACAAGUAUUCAGCAUUUGUGAGUGUCACCCAUGCUGGGGUGGGCUUUGGUGAUGUAGCUGUCUUUGGGUUAUUUCUACUUUUGUUAAUAUCCCUUGCCCAUAAGUAACCCCAGUAAAAGGCACUGGCCCACACUAUUUACACCAAGUAGCACGAUUAAACUCAAGUUAGUUUCACUGUU